AUUUUUGGAGCUUUGAUUAAGGGGGAUGCUUCUCCUUUCUACUCAAUGACACCACACGUAAGAAAUAGAGAGAUAAGGUCUGGGAGGUGCUCAAACAAAAACUCUAGCUUGGAGGAAGCAAGGGGCAAGGAAGCUCAAAGAGAAAUAGCUAGGAAGAAAGGAGUCGAAACCGCCGGAAACCGCCACUCAAAGGGAGCUGCUCGAAACUGCAGAACCCGAAAGUCGCCCAGCUUUCACGAAAGCCGUCCAGCUUUCACCCACUGUCCAGAUUUUCCAUUUCCAAUUGGCCUAGAACGAGGACGGAUAGAGGGGUUUCGCUAAGGCAGCUAGUUGAGCACAUCAUAAGGUGCAACGUUUGCAAGACAAAGCCAAUUCCUGAUGAUGGCAGUCCUUUC